AGGCUGUUGCUGCUGCGAACGCGACCGGAGUCUGGGGCCUAGGGCCUGGCGCCUGGCUCCGAGGCCUGGGGCCCGUGACUGCAGUCGCUCCCUCCGGCUCAAAGCUGCCAAUAUUGAGGCCCUGAGCCUUACCCCCGCCCCCCGCGGCUUUGGCUGACCGUAACUUUCGGGAACCUCAGUCAGUUCUUUGGGGGAGGUUUCUCAAAGUAGUCAUGUGUUGAUCCUAUCUACUCGCAGCAUGUUCGUCCUUGUGGAGAUGGUGGAUACUGUGCGGAUCCCACCCUGGCUUUUCGAAAGGAGGCUGAAUGAUGCCAUUGCUGAAGAGCUGAACAAAAAACUAGCAAAUAAGGUAGUAUAUAAUGUCGGCCUCUGCAUUUGCCUGUAUGACAUUACCAAGCUGGAAGAUUCCUACAUUUUCCCAGGGGAUGGAGCAUCUCACACCAAAGUACAUUUCCGUUACGUGGUCUUUCGGCCUUUUCUGGAUGAGAUUAUUACCGGCAAAAUUAAAGGCUGCAGCCAGGAUGGUGUUCACGUGACCUUGGGAUAUUUUGAUGACAUCCUCAUCCCUCCAGAAUCCCUGCAGCAACCUGCCAAGUUUGAUGAGACGGAGCAGGUGUGGGUGUGGGAGUACGAGACGGACGAGGGCACACAUGACCUUUACAUGGACGUUGGUGAGGAGGUCAGACUGCGGGUGGUGGACGAAACCUUUGUGGACACCUCCCCCACAGGGCCCAGCUCCACGGAAAGCUCCACUGCAGAGGAGACACUGAGGAAGGAAUCUCCCUACACGCUGACGGGUUCCAUCAGUGAGCCAGGACUAGGGCUGCUGUCCUGGUGGACGAAUGGUUAAUGAGCAGGACUGGAAGCACUCAAUUGGGAUGCAGUUGCAAGAUGGUGGGGCCUGGUUGGAGCUGCCCAGACUCUGGCCUUGCUUAGCUCGGUGGUUCCUAAAGGAUCCAAUCUCCCGAGACCAGGACAGAUGCUGGAUGUUUAACCAGAGCAGGAAGCGAGCAAGAUCCGGCAACAACUGGGAAUGUUUUCCUGACUAAUAAAUAAACGUGCACAAGUGGGAACAUUAUUGGAAAGGCUUCCAGUAAAGAAGUAAAGAUUUGGUUGGUAGAGGCCAUAUUGAGCGAUGUGUGGCUUCAUAAGUAAAGAUGUUUGUGCAAUGGAUUGUAUUGUUGUUUUUAAGCAGUGUGCCCGUUGCUGCUGAGGAAUUGAGAAAAGCCCACAGUGUUCCAAAGCCAGCCUGGCUCAGCUAAGAGAACAUUGUCUAUGAAUCUGAAGUUCAAACCCAGCUUCUAGCCUUCAAAACAUUUGUCCAGGAUCAGCGAGGGAUUUUGUGUUAAACUGACAAUCUGUCUGUUAAAGAUCAUGAGGCACUUUCUGAUUAAGCCUCAAACUGUGGCAUCAAAAACACAUGGACAUUCGCCUCUUGGACAUAUUGUGGGAUAUUGCUGUGUACAAAAUGGCAGCCACAGUUUCCUAUACUGCCAGUUGCUAUGAAAUGCUUUAGGUGAGCUAAAUGCAAGUCUUUAACACUCCAAAUGCAUCAGCAUUUCAAAAAGUUUUAAGUGGUUUCAGUUCUUCCUUCUCCCCCUCUCCUCCCCCUUACAAUCUUGUAUGUUUUGUUUAGAUUGUUCGUUUAUUUUUCUAAACUCUAAUCGUCAAAAUCGCCCAACAUUUCCUCAUAAGAUGGCCUGCUUAUCCUCGGAAUUGGUUCAGUGAUCCUUCUCUGAACUACUUUGAAUACAGUAAGCUCCUUCAGGUCAGGAGACCGGAAUCUCUCUCAGUACUCCAAAUGCGGCCUCACUAAUGAUCCAUACACUUAGAGAGAAUUCUGACACCCUUUUGUAUUCCAUUCCCCUGGCUGCUGCUCUCAGAGGGUCAGUUAGGAGGCUGAUAGAAUUCUUCCAUUUAACACUUUUCCCAUUGCUAUCUACCCGUAGGCCAUUAAAGUUCCUGCUCUCAUUUCCUGUUGUGAAUCCCGCGAGCUCGAUCACCCCUGGGUUAACACUGAAUUCCUUUCCCACCCAGUGAGACUGCCGCUGCCUCCUGUGUUUGGUUGGGUCACUGUUUCCUGUUUAUCAGUGAUGGGAUUGGCCUCGAGUAGUCCCUGUCAGGCAGCUGUCGCUGCCCGAGGUGUUCAGUAGGUGUUGACACUGUUUACUAUAAUACAGGAACUACACUGAGCUUAAAGAAGGCUCCAACCUUGGUCCGUAAUCAGAGGGCUAUUCACGUUAAGGCAGGACAGCAUUAUUCUGGAAGCCACAUACUCUUGACAGCUGUCCAAGUGAACUGGAGGUAUUUUUUAAUCCGACUGUUCAACCAUGGCACAACACCCCUCUGGAGUCUGUGCAACUUGAACCCAGGCCUCCUAUUCCAAGGGUAAGGACACAACCAGUACAUCGCAAGAGCUGAUCAAAGUGAGAAUUGGACAGAAUGGGUGUUCUCUGCUCUUCCAUCCACUAGCCUAACUAGUGCUGAUGCUCACUCAGACAAUGUGUGUGAGGUAUAUCCAUGCACAAGAUAUCUUGAUAACUAAGACUGGUUUGGGAGAGGUGUGUGUAUAGUGGUUUGGGGUAGGGUUCAGAAUCUUCUGCCCUCUCUGGAAACGUUUGGAAUUUAUGGGUGGGAGGGUGAUAGAUGGGGAAACUUCCCUCUUUAGAUUGUGAGUGGGUGGGCCAGGCAAACCUGUGGAUGGCCUUCCAGCGCAAAUGCAAACUGAGGCCCUUGAAUGGAAACUAAUGACCAAGGCUCAUUCCACUACUGUGUGUAUGAUCCCAGCUCAGUGUGUGUUUGGGGGAAGGUGGGUGCCGGUGAUGCUGCCUCCAUGUGGAACAGACAACCAGUAAACAAAGUGGAGAUUCCUGGCAAGAGAGGGGGGGCUCUGUCCUGUGGAGAGGUGAUAGUGUUGUGGUAAUGACACUGAGCUCAAAUCCAGAGCCCCCAGAUUCAUGUUCUGGGGACAUGGGUUUGAAUCCAAUCAUGGCAACUGGUGAAAUUUGUAAUCAAUAAAAA